AUGGGUGGGGUUGGAACUCGGAAAAAUAAGUCGACUUUCAAUGUUAAAACUGUUAGAGAGGACUUGUGUGUCACAAGCGAGGACCCGUCGAGUGGCUUUGUAAUGACCUGGAACGGCUGGGCUACACCUAAAGCCAAUAUGCUAGCAUGGAAAGGUGUCGAAGGUAGGUUACUAACAAAGAUGGAGCUGGAAAAAAGGGGAAUUCAUAUCAGCAACACAUUGUACCCGGGUUGCGGAUACGAGCAAGAAAGUGUUGAACACAUCCUCAUUAUGUGUUUGAUGUCGAAAACGCUAUGGUGGAUGGUCGGAUCAUGGCUGGGAGUAAAAGAUUUACAUUCUUGCUCAACAGUGGCAUAUAUUCUUUCUUUUGCCUGGAAGAUGGAUAUUUCUAAGAAGAAGAAAAAGGCAGUUAACUGCAUAGUGAUGGCUACAUUAUGGAUCAUAUGGUCGAGCAGAAAUGAGAAGUUAUUCAAAGCCUUGCAGUUUUCAAAUGAUAUGAUAUUGGAACAACUGAAUGAGUGUACUACGUUGUGGAUGAAAGUCAUAGCCAAAAUGGAGUAUUUGAUGUAG